CUGUGAAUCUGCGCCUUUGGCCCCACUGUCCCUGGGCGAGGAGGGCGUCCUUGUUCCCUUGUGGACCCACGCGGCUGGCGGGGGUUGGUGCUCGACCGGCCGCCUUCACCUCCCCCACCCCUGGCUUCUCCUCUGGGUCUAUCAAUCUUAGGGUAUCCCGGAGAGGCGGAGGCCCCCGGGACUCGGCCGGGAGAAGCUUAGGGGCCCACCCCUGCUCCAGGCUCGGAUGGGAGGUGGCGGGAGGAGCGACCUGGGAUGUUCAGUCUGAUGGCAAAUUGCUGCAGUUGGUUCAAGCGGUGGCGGGAGCCCGUCAGAAAGGUGACUCUUGUGAUGGUGGGACUUGAUAAUGCUGGUAAAACGGCAACAGCGAAGGGAAUCCAAGGAGAGUACCCUGAAGAUAUAGUUCCUACUGUUGGAUUUUCCAAAAUUGACCUUAGACAUGGAAAAUUUGACGUCACCAUCUUUGACUUGGGAGGUGGAAAAAGAAUUAGGGGAAUCUGGAAGAAUUACUAUGCUGAGUCCUAUGGAGUAAUAUUUGUUGUGGAUUCCAGUGAUGAAGAGAGAAUGGAAGAGACAAAAGAGGCAAUGUCAGAAGUGUUAAGACAUCCUAGGAUAUCGGGAAAGCCUAUACUGGUGUUGGCAAAUAAACAAGAUAAGGAAGGGGCUUUAAGAGAAGCUGAGGUGAUUGAAUGUCUGUCUCUGGAAAAAUUGGUCAAUGAGCACAAGUGCCUAUGUCAGAUAGAACCUUGUUCAGCAGUCUUGGGGUAUGGGAAGAAAAUGGACAAGUCUAUUAAAAAAGGCCUUUAUUGGCUGCUAAAUAUCAUUGCAAGAGACUUUGAUGCCUUAAAUGAACGCAUCCAAAAAGACACAACAGAACAACGUGCUCUUGAAGAACAAGAGAAAAGAGAGAGGGCUGAACGAGUGCGGAAAUUACGAGAAGAAAGAGAACAAGAACAGGCUGAAUGUGAUGGAAGCAGUGGUUUGGCUGAGUUGGACCCAGAACCAAUUCCUGCUAAUCCUUUCCAGCCGAUAGCAUCUGUAAUCAUUGAGAAUGAAAAAAGAUUUGAAAAAGAGAAAAAGAAGGAAAAUAUGGAAAAGGAUGGUGAUGGCUGUCCCCUUAAACAUAAAAUGGAGCAUGACCAAAUGAUGACACAGGGUCAGAUUAGUGACAAUAGUCAAAGAAACAAUGAAUUUGAAGUAGUAGAAAAUUAUAAGGAGGCAUUAACACAGCAGUUGGAGAAUGAAGAUGAGACAGACCAGCAAUCAUUGGAAUCAGAUAAUGGUAAAAAGAAAACUAAGAAACUCAGAAUGAAGAGGAGUCACCGGGUCGAACCAGUUAAUACAGAUGACUCUGCUCCUAAGAGUCCAACACCACCCCCACCUCCUCCUCCUGUUGGCUGGGGAACCCCCAAAAUCACUAGACUUCCAAAACUUGAGCCUCUUGGUGAAACACGUCAUAAUGAUUUCUAUGGGAAGCUGCUGCCUCCCCUGGCUGUGCGACAGAGGCCUAACAGUGAUGCUCAUGAUGUGAUCUCAUAACCAACUAAUAUGGAUAAGCUCUCUUUAUAUAGAAAGGUGAACUGAGAUGCCCUUCUUUUUACAAAAGAAGAAAAGCAAUAGACAUUGAUGACUGGGGCAAUAUAACCAUAUUGAUGUCAGUGAGGAGACUAAUAGCCUGGGAACUGACCUGAUAAUUACUUAUCUGUGUACUUCCUGGUCAACAAAGAAAGGAAGCAAAAUGACCAGUAGAUGAUAUGAGCAUUUGAACCAAGUUAGUAAGAUGUAGUGUUAACUCUUUGGUUUUACACAUCCCCCACUCAGGGGCAUAUUUCUGAAGGAAAACCUCUUCAGAAAAAGAGCCAAUGGACUCUGCACAUUUUCUUUACUAUGUGUUUAACAGUCUGUAUUUCUAUGUAUUAAGCAUUUUUUGUAAGAUAUAUGUGCAUGGAAAGGGAACUCUUGGGAAUUUGUAACCUAAAUUUUUAACUAUUUUUAUAUUUUUUCUAAAACUUAAGAAUUUUAAUUACGAUAAUAUUGAUUGUGCACUUUUUUAUAGAUGCUUUGUUUAAAUUGUGUUUGGAAAAUAAGGUUGAUUUACUUGACAGACAUGAACUAUACAAACAGGAUAUAUUUAUAUGGCUUGAGGUAUGUGUUGUAAUAGUAUUGUUCUUGAAGUAUACAUCCUAAUUUGACCUAAUUUAAAAAUAAUACCUUUUUUAAAUAGUAUAUUCUCAUAUCUUUAUUUUACCAAAUUAUGUGAUU